AGUUCACGUGAUUGCUAAAAAUUUGGGUGUUGUAGUUAAAAAUUUAAUGAAGCAAAAUGCAAAAUAUAAAAAAAAGGCAGUAUAUUCAGCGUCAACUGUCUCGAUACAGCAGCUUGCUAUGAUUUAUAAGCCUAUUACUGUAUUAAUCUAUGGUCGAUGA